AGCCUAGACCAAUCAAACCGCACAUUGACAAUUCACUGAAACAAAAUAGCAUUUAGGCUGAAAAAUGAGGUUUCUGAAUUUUCCAGAGGUUCAUGCCACUGUGGCUGUGACGCAAUGGAUUCUAAUGUAAUUUGAUUCCCUAACAAAUGAGAUUCACCGAUUUGGGGGAACAACUGGAAACAAGAUGGCUGUCUGGAAACGAAGAAUUUGUUUGGCUUCUUUGUAAGAAUCAGUUAUUGUUUUGGAAUUGUAGAUAACAAAACAUAGAUUAUUUGACCGGGCAGUUUGUUAGGCCUUUGUUUGUGCCAGUUACGCAGUUGCGAAGACGCUUCAAGAAUCUCCAAAAACUUAAGUUGCAUUUAGCCUAGGUUGUUUCAUGCGUAGCCUACUCUAUGAAAAGCUGUUCAUACAGUGAAGUAGACGGUUAUAGAUAAACGGGAUUGCUAUAAUUGUUUUGAGUAGGAGUUCACAUGCAUUUGCGUGUAAAAACUUUUUUGUAAAUUGUUCGCUGUAAGCGUGGGUUGGGGAGUCCACUCCAGUUAAUCUAGCUACUACAACAUUCGGUGACAACCUAAAUGUUCAGACUGCACUAAUAGGCUACUAAGUAUGAGUUCCCCGCGAAUCAAGACUAAUCAGUCACAAAAUCAGAGCGUCCGACCAACAGCGGACGCUGUGGGUGUAUCUUUGCCGCAUAGACUGGAUUCAAGCGAGGGUAUUGAGAUGGAAAGAAUCCAUCAUCAGAACUUAGACCCUGGAGCUACCCCGGGGACGCCAUCGCCCCCCACCUCAAGCUCAAGGCAAGCCUGGAGCCGUGACAACCCAGGGUUCGAGCCCGAAGAGGAGAUGAUGGAAUCGGACUGGCCGCCAGCGAGUCCUGGCCGAAGGUCCGUCUCCACGGGUUCGAGUAGCAGUGGGAGCAGCGGCCUUGGAAGCUUCACCGGGGGUAGCAGUACGCGGAUACAUAGGGGACUUUACCCAACACCUACUGUGGAUCUCCCUCAACAGGAGAGGCAUGAUCAUCGUAGUUGCGGAAAGAGGAUCCUUGAGAAAAUAAGAAUUCUGUGGGGCACACGGCUUUUAGAGGACAGCGACAGUAGCAGAGAGAGAUACCUGAAAAAUGUUCUCCGCGAGAUGAUCACCUACAUCGUCUUCCUCAUCACUCUGUGCAUUUUGACAUAUGGGAUGGUGAGCACCAACAUGUACUAUUACACCAAAGUCAUGUCUCAACUGUUCCUGGACACACCAAUAACCAAUGGAGAUCCAACCUCAUUUAAAACCAUAUCUUCCAUGGAUGACUUCUGGAAGUAUGCAGAAGGGCCCUUUCUCAAUGGCAUGUACUGGGAAGUGUGGUACAACAACAAGACCCUUCAGGAGAACCAAAGCCUCAUUUACUACGAGAAUCUCUUGCUUGGGGUCCCACGUCUUCGACAGGUCAAAGUUAGAAAUGAAUCUUGCACUGUCCAUGAAGACUUGAGGGACAAGGUCCAGGCCUGCUACAGCAUGUACUCUCCUACCAAUGAAGAAAAAGCAGCAUUCGGGCUCAAGAAGGGCACACCGUGGGUGUACUCAGACGGGAGCAGCCUGGGAGGAGGCAGCCACUGGGGGGAAGUGGCCACCUACGGUGCGGGUGGGUACUACCAGGACCUGUCCCGAGGCCGAGAUGAAUCAGCCAAUCAGCUGCAAGUGCUGAAGAACAAUCUCUGGUUGGACCGUGGCACCAGAGCAGUGUUUUUGGACUUCUCUGUCUACAAUGGAAACAUCAAUCUUUUCUGCAUUGUCAGGCUAGUGGUUGAGUUUCCAGCCACAGGGGGUGCCAUAACGUCCUGGCAGUUCCAGACGGUGCGUCUCAUCCGCUACGUGUCCAGCUGGGACUGCUUCGUGGGGCUGUGUGAGGUGGCCUUCUGCUUCUUCGUGCUCUACUAUCUUGUGGAGGAGGCGCUGGAGAUUCGCCUGCACCGCCUGCACUACUUCAAAAACCUGUGGAACUGCCUGGACGUCCUCCUCAUCAUAUUGUGUGUCCCAGCCUGCAUCAUGAACAUUUGCAGGACAGCCAUGGUGAACAGCAACCUCAAGUAUCUCCUGGACCACACCUCCCAUCCUAAUUUUGUGACCCUAGCGCAACUCCAGGUGCAGUUCAAUAACCUGGCGGCUAUCAUCGUUUUCUUGGCUUGGGUGAAGCUCUUCAAGUUCAUUAACUUCAACAAGACUAUGAGCCAGUUGUCCACCACUAUGUCCCGCUGUGCCAAGGACCUCAUAGGUUUCGCCAUCAUGUUCUUCAUCAUUUUCCUUGCUUAUGCCCAGUUGGGUUAUCUGGUGUUUGGGACCCAAGUAGAUGACUUCAGUACCUUUCAAGCAUGCAUAUUCACACAGUUCCGCAUCCUUCUGGGAGAUUUCGACUUCUCAGAGAUCGAAGAGGCUAAUGGGAUUCUUGGACCACUUUACUUCAGCUCGUUUGUCUUCUUCAUGUUCUUCAUCUUACUGAACAUGUUUUUGGCCAUCAUCAAUGACACUUAUUCUGAAGUUAAAACAGACAUGUCCCAGCAACGGUCUGAGAUGGAGAUGAGUGACCUCAUCAAGAAGGGUUACAACAAAGCCAUGGUGAAACUGCGGCUGAAGAAGACCACUGUGGAUGACAUUUCAGACAGUCUGCGCCAGGCAGGGGGGAAGCUCAACUUCGAUGAGCUCCGCCAGGACCUCAAAGGGAAGGGACACACGGACGCUGAGAUUGAGGCCAUCUUUGCCAAGUAUGACCUCGACGGGGACCAGGAGCUGACUGAGCAUGAGCACCAGCAGAUGAGAGACGACCUGGAGAAAGAGAGAGAGGACUUGGAUCUGGAGCGGAGCACGCUGCCCAGGCCAAUGAGUGGGCGGAGCUUCUCCCGUAGCCAGGACGACUCAGAGGAGGAUGACGACGAAGACAGUGGCCACAGUUCUCGUCGCCGUGGGAGCAGCUCUGGAGGCGUGUCCUAUGAGGAGUUCCAAGUAUUGGUGCGGAGGGUGGACCGCAUGGAGCAUUCCAUUGGUAGUAUUGUGUCGAAGAUCGAUGCCGUCAUUGUGAAGCUGGAGGCCAUGGAGCGCGCCAAGCUGAAGAGGAAGGACGUGCUGGGCAGACUGCUGGACGGAAUGACAGAGGAUGAGCGCGCAGGCAGGGACCCCGAGCAGCACCGAGAGCAGAUGGAGAGACUGGUGAGGGAGGAACUGGAACGCUGGGAGUCAGACGAUACCAUAUCCCAGGUCAGUCAUCAUCAAGGCACUCCCAUUGGUCCAGGAGCUCAGCACCGGCCACGCAGUGCCCGCCCCUCUUCCUCGUUGUCCACUGAGGGCACUGAUGCCCAGGGCAACGUGUGAGACCCCAACCCC